AUGGUGAACUUUGGCUCAAGUGAUUACACCAGUCCUUUUCUGGCAAACGACCUCAAAUUUCUGAAUUCGUUUGCUGAGCAAGACUACGUAAACAUGGUGAUCGGGAACAUUUCGACCUUGAUUGAAGAAAUAAUUAAUAUUGGAGGUAGCACAUUUGUGAUCACAAAUGUGGGUCACUUGGGCUGUCUGCCUGGACUAAGAAGAUCUAAGAAUGCAAAGAAAAACGAACAAGGGUGCUUCAAAAAGGUCUCCGACUUGUCCAAAAUGCACAACGACGCUCUCGGGCAAUGGCUGUCGAACUUUACAAGUACAAAUAGGGCCAACAUACUUCUCUACGACUUCGCAAGUGAUAUUUCCAAAAUGACUGAACAUCCUAGGGAUUAUGGUACGUACGUGCACACAUUAAUGAAAUAA